AUGUCCCAACAGCCAGGAGAAGGUGCCGAUACUCAAAUCAGCUCGGAGCUCGAAUCCUUCCGACAGCAAUGGCGUGCCGAGGUGAAGGCCAAAACGACAGCUCCGGCGAGGGCCGGCAAAAGCGGUCUCGGCAAUGCCGGCUCCAGCUCCAGACCGCAAACCUAUGCUGAGUCAUCCGUGCAACACCGCUCACCACCGCUGCCGGCCGCAGGUACAGGCGUGCCGUCUGCGCCUCUGACAUUGCUUUCUUCCGGAAAGAAGCCAGUGACACGUGAUGAAGAUGAGAGCUACAUCCAACCGUUGUCUUUUGAUGAGCCAUCAGUCUCGGCCAAGGGAGGAGACAGCGAAGAUGCCCAUCAUGGUUCUCAGGGAGAGCCACAAGAGCCGGUCUCGGCCCUUGAGCAUUACGAGAAGGCGGUUGAGAAGGAAGAGCUAGGCAGUCUGGGAGACAGCUUGCGGCUGUACCGCAAAGCAUUCCGGAUGGACAGCGCCGUGGACAAGAAGUACAAGAACAAGCACUUUCCGGCACCUGCCCCGACAGCAAGUACCGGCAAGACAGCAGCAACGUCCGAGGGUGCAGAAAAGCAUGAACACGCUGCUAGCGGCAGCGGCACGGCAGCGGCCAAGCCAGACGCGAAGCCGCUUACAAUGAACGAGUUGAUAGCCUCAUUUGCGGGCCUGGCCAUAGAGGCGGCGCCGCCCCCGAUCGAGGGCAUGCCGGAGCUGCCGUGUCCCCUGGCGAGUCUGCCGGGCGAGAUCCUGGUACAAAUUCUGGGCGACGUGGCGGCGCUGGACGUGGACGACUUUGUGCGGCUGGCGCGCGUGUGCAAGAAGCUGGCGUACGUAGUGGCCAAAGAGGACCAGAUCUGGCGGCGCGUGUGCGUCGAGUCUGCGUGCGGCUUUGGCGGCAUGCGGCGCACAUGGCAGACGACGAUCGAGUGGAAGCCGCUGCGAGUCGACCUGCUGGGCGAGGGGGGCGACCUGGGCGGGCUUGAGGACGGUGUCGAGGCAGUAGAGACAAAGGGGUGGGUGGAGGACGAAGAGGAGGUGCGGCGGCGGCGUGAGGCCGAGCAGGCGGCAGCUGAGGCGACGACGUUGGCGCUGCGCACACGCUCCAUCUACACGUCGUGGCAACACAUGUUCCGGGCGCGGCCACGGGUGCGGUUCAACGGUUGCUACAUCUGCACGGUCAACUACAUCCGGCCAGGUCAGGCGUCGGCCAAUCUGGUGACAUGGAACAGCCCGGUGCACAUUGUGACGUACUUCCGGUACCUGCGGUUUUUCCGCGACGGCACGGUGAUCGGGCUGCUGACGACGUCGGAGCCGGCUGACGUGGUGCACCAUCUGACGCGUGACCAGACGCUGCAGCACCGGGACGGGGCGAUGAAGUACGCGAUGCGCGGGCGAUGGCGCAUGUCCGGCAUCGGGGCAGCCCAGGACAGCCAGGACAGCCCAGACAGCCCGGAGGCGUUCUCGUCUCUGGCUGCGGCUACGGCGGCCGAGAACAAGAUCGUGGUCGAGACCGAGGGCGUGGGCAAGUACUACAACCGGAUGGAAUUCACGAUGCAGACGGCCGGCAAGGGCACGCGCAACAACAAACUCAACUGGCGGGGCUUCUACAGCUACAACCGCCUGACGGACGACUGGGGCGAGUUCGGGCUGAAGAACGACAAGCCCUUCUUCUUCAGCCGUGUGCGGAGCUAUGGGCUGGGGGAGUGA